CGAAAGCAGUGGUUUCGGGUUUCGGGGUUCGGAUUUUCGAUUUUCGAUUUUGUGUUUUAUCUCUCCUGUACGUGGACAAUAGAAAUGUGAACACAGAAGCUGUACUCGCUUUUUAUUAAAGUGUUGACACUUUAUUCUUACUAAUCGUCGCAUCAGAGGAUAGAUAUUCAUAUUUUAGAGAACAAGAGGAAUUUCAUUCGAUCCGUAAUUUACGCCGAUCGUACGAAGGACGAAGAUGGAUAGGCUGGAACUGAACCGAUAACUACAAGGUUGAUGGUAAUUAACUUUGCAAGGACACUACUUGGAGAAAAAUAAACGAUUAUUCUCAAAAUAAGGAAACAUUAUAGACGAUUGAGUCGAGCACAAAUAUUUGGCUUCACUCGAUGACAUUUUACUUCUGUAGUCAUGUGAUCGUCGGUGGCUUCAUCACGUACACCCCAUCUCAUAUCAACUACCUGCGAAGAACAUUUAAUCAUUGCUUACCGAGGAUCUAUCAUAACAUUCAAAAUGGGAUCUGAUUUAGUGAUACAAAUGAACAAGUAUCGUUCAUAUGUGACUGUGUUGGCUGAUCCAGCUUCAAAGGACGAACUAAAAUUGAAGGCAGCCCAAGAAUUAUCAGAAAAUUUUGAGAUCAUUAUGUGUUCGUCACAAUAUCCGGAAUUUCUCAAUCAUAUGAUGAUAAUCUUUUUGAAAAUAUUACAAGAAGGAGAGCCACAUUUUAUAUCGGAAUAUAAUAUUCAACAAGUCAGGAAAUUGAUUUUGGAAAUGAUACACAGAUUACCGAGCAAUGAACAUUUGCGUCCGUAUGUCAGGCAAAUCUUAACUCUCAUGUCUAAAUUGUUAGAAACAGAUAAUGAAGAAAAUGUUUUAGUAUGUUUACGCAUUAUUAUUGAACUUCAUAAACAAUAUAAACCGACAUUUAAUCCAGAAAUACAAUAUUUUCUGCAGUUUGUUAAGUCUGUGUACAGUGAAUUACCAAAGAAUUUGUCAAAAAUAUUCGAACCGCGUCCUCCUUUACGAGUGAAAGAUUUAUCAGAGAUCAACAUAGAAGCUCUUUUGAAAGAAACUUUUACAAUUACAGCAAUACAAAGCGAAAAGAAAACAGCCGAUGGUAAUGUCGUGACAUACAAUUUAAUUCCGAAAGCAGUGCUAUCCCUCAAAGUGCUUCAAGAAUUACCGAUAAUUGUGGUGCUAAUGAAUCAAUUAUACAAGCAAAACGUGCAUCAAGAUGUAUCUGAUUUCAUUCCGAUAGUGAUAACAACUAUAUCGCUUCAACCGAGUCCUCAACAUCGAGCAUCUCCCGCAUUCAACAAAGAGGUUUUCGUCGAUUUUAUGGGCGCUCAAGUUAAGACACUGUCGUUUCUUGCUUAUGUCAUAAGAGUGUAUCAAGAUGUGAUAUCCCAAAACAGCUCGAUGUUGGUCAAAGGCAUUCUAGGUUUGUUCACUCUCUGUCCUAUGGAAGUAGCGCAUCUGCGCAAGGAACUAGUGAUUGCGUCUCGCCACAUAUUGGCAACGGAUUUACGAAAUCAAUUUAUCCCGCACAUGGAAAUCUUCUUCAACGAGGAUAUUUUCAUCGGUCAUGGUUGGACCGCUCAUGAGGCUCUUAGACCGCUAGCUUAUUCGACACUUGCUGAUUUGGUUCAUCAUGUCAGAUUACAAUUACCUCUCAGUGAUGUCUCCAGAGCAGUACAUCUGUACGGCAAGAAUCUUCUCGAUCAGACCUUACCAACAGCUGUUCAAAUGGUCUCUUGUAAGUUAUUGAUGAAUCUAGUGGACACGGUUAGGCAGAGAUCGGAUGCUGAAAACAGUACUCAGGGGCGAGAACUGCUGAUGCGUAUAUUGUUGGUAUUUGUUUUGAAAUUUAAGACCAUUGCCAAGAUCUAUAUUCCGAUUCUGCGAAACAAAGCGAAACAGUUACGGCCUGCACCAGUAGACAAUACAGCUGAGGAUGCUUCUAAGCCAUGUGUCGAUGUAAAUGAAGAGAAAGAGCCACCAAAGUCAAAGUUUGGCUUUCCGACCUCACAGGCGAUGAGUUACAAUGUAGCGGAUUAUAGAAAUCUCGUAAAAAGUCUCGUGCAUGGUGCUAAAGCCAUAACAUCUAACUGUAUCAAUAGAACGAGCGACGUAACGCAAUCUAAUCAACUUCAACCGAAGGAGACUCUGAUUUACAUACAGCUCGUUAAAUGGGCAUUACCGGCUUUGGAUAUCUACACAAUAGGUCCACCUGUAAUCAGUCCUCCCGUACAACCAAGCAGACCGGGACAGUCUCAAAUACGAACAAGAGAGGAAAAAGAGGUGUUGGAACUCUUCGGCAAUGUGUUCACGCAAAUGAGUCCUCAAACAUUUCAAGAGAUAUUUUCCAUGACCAUAGACUAUAUGGUCGAAAGAAUUUUCAAGAACUGUGCUUUACAAAUAAUUGGAAGUGCCUUUUUAUCCAGCCACACGAUCUCGUCAACCUUUGCUACUAUAUUGGUGGAAUAUUUGUUAGAGCGAAUGAGCGAUAUGGGUUCCAAUGUGGAACGCAGUAAUCUGUACUUAAGAUUGUUUAAACUCGUUUUUGGCAGCGUUUCGCUCUUUCCGGCCGAAAACGAGCACAUGUUACGACCACACUUAAAUUUAAUUGUUAAUCGCGCUAUGGAGCUCGCCAUGUCGGCAAAAGAACCGUACAAUUAUUUUUUAUUAUUACGCGCGUUGUUCAGAUCCAUAGGCGGCGGAUCUCACGAUUUAUUAUAUCAGGAAUUUUUACCUUUACUCCCUAACAUGUUGGAGGGAUUAAACAGGUUGCAAUCUGGUCUACACCGGCAGCAUAUGAAAGAUCUUUUUGUCGAAUUAUGCUUAACCGUGCCGGUGCGUCUCAGUUCGCUUUUGCCGUAUCUUCCGAUGUUAAUGGACCCUCUAGUUUCUGCUCUCAAUGGAAGUUACUGUUUGGUAAGCCAAGGUCUUCGUACUCUUGAGCUAUGUGUCGAUAAUUUGCAGCCAGACUUUUUAUAUGAGCACAUACAACCAAUUCGUGCAGAAUUGAUGCAAGCUUUGUGGAGAACGUUACAAAAUUCUACCGAUCAGGCUCACGUAGCCUUUCGAGUUCUUGGAAAAUUUGGCGGUGGAAAUCGGAGAAUGAUGAUCGAGCCUCAAAAAUUGGAAUAUAACGAUCGCGAGACUAGUUCGCCUAAUGUGAUAGUUUAUUUUGAGGGAACUUCCCAGCCGAUCGAUUUCCCGAUGGAAAAAGUGAUCGAGGCUGCAUUCAAUGCGUUGAAAUCCAAUACGGAUUUAUUUUACCGAAAACAAUGCUGGGAAGUCAUAUAUUGUUACUUGGCAGCAUCUUUAAGAUUGGAUGACACUGCUCACCUAUGGCACAAAGUAUUUACGCAUCCGAGUUUUAAGGAGGGCGAAAUACCGCAUCAACAGGAACCUCACUAUAAGUGUCCCGAUACCGUGGCACGAAACGUUCAGCAGACCGCACUGACCGGUAUGUUUAUCGCUGCGGAGAUCAAGGAUUUGCGACCGUCAGUACUCAGUACUGUUGUUUCUGUGGUAAGACAUUAUACGAUGAUUGCCAUAGCGCAGCAAGCAGGUCUCUUUAGCUGGACGGAAAAGGAAGUUCGCCAAGACACGCAAGGACAAGAUCCACUUGUGCUGAUCGACGCGCUCGCUGUUAUAAUGGCUCAUGAUGAGAAGGAAUUAUAUAAAGCAGGAUAUUUAACCCUUGUGUUAAUAUUAGAAACGGCGACGAAUAUUUUAGGAUCCAAGGAACGAGCUUGUCAAUUGCCUUUCAUGGAAUAUCUGGCGGAAAGAAUGUGUUCAUUAUGCUACGAGCGCGCUUGGUACGCCAAAUUGGGCGGUUGCAUAGCGAUCAAGUUUUUGUUUGAGCGAAUGGCCACUAAAUGGGUUCUUAAUCAUUUGUUUGUCUUUCUCAAGGCUCUCGUAUUUGUGAUGAUGGAUCUAACCGAUGAGGUCUCCAACGGUGCUAUUGAUAUGGCAAAGGAGAAUUUGGAAAAAAUGUUACGAGUCUGUGUUAAUCCUGGUAUUCAGAAAGGUAACGCGGAAUUAAUAGAAGCACAAAAUAAGAGUUUAUACGAGGUCACCCGCGAAUUAGUCAAACAAGUAACGUCACCACAUACGAUUGUCCGAGAGCAGGCUAUGGCCUCGUUGCGUCAAUUAGCCGAGAUACAAAACAAAUCGGUAACAGAGGUAAUGGAGCCGCACAAAGAAGUUUUAGCGGAUAUGAUGCCGCCUAAGAAGCACCUCUUGAAACAUCAACCUGCUAAUGCGCAGAUUGGCUUAAUGGACGGUAAUACAUUUUGCACCACCUUGAAUCCGCGUCUUUUCACCAUCGAUUUAAGCAUACAUGAGCACAAGGUGUUUUUCAAUGAAUUAUUAAGUCUUUGCGAAUCAGACGAAGCCAAUUUCAAUAAACUAGCUUGUUACAAAUCAAUUUCAAACCUAAUGCCUCUGCGAAAAUCUGCAUUACGAGCGCUUGCGGCCUGUCAUUACAUCGUUGGCUGUCGGGAAAGAAUAUUUUCUGUUCUUUACAAAACUUUAGAAAAAUCCAACGCCGAACUACAAGAAGCGGCCUACGAGUGCAUGAAAAUGUUCAUCGCCGGUUUUCAGAUCGACAUGGAAUCAGUGCACACGAUAAUGCGACCAAUGCUAUUAACACUGGGUGAUCAUAGGAAUCUCAGCUUGAACUGCGUUAGAAGGUUAUUAUAUUUAACACAACUUUUUCCAAGUACCUUUAGUGUCACCUUAUGCGAACAACUACUGGCACAUUUGAAGAAACUGCUGGAAAAUCUGAUUCAAUCCCAUAAGGGUAUAUCAAAGUCUGGCGAGACCGAGCAAAAGAUCACUACGAUUAUAGGAAUAUUUCACGAAGUUCCAACGGCAUCUCCCAAGUUUAUUGAUGUGCUUUGCAAACUUGUGUUGCAAACUGAGAAAUCAUUAUUAGUCGAAGUAUCCAGUCCUUUCAGAAUACCUUUGAUGAAAUUUCUCUUACGUUAUCCGACAGAGACGCUGAAUCUGUUCUUACACGAUAACAAUAUCAAGGAUCAGCAGUGGAGCAGAUAUCUGGAAUAUCUUAUUAGACAUAAGGACGCUAAACCGUUCCGAGAUAUUUUGCAUAACACUACGACGCGACUUGUCACGAUGUUGCUCGCCCACUCGCAAACGAAUUCUAAUUUGACUCACAUGGAGAAAAGCGAACUGCAAUAUCGAGCGAUUAGGAUCAUUGGCAUACUUAUCAAAUUCGACGAACAAUGGCUAUCUACACAGAGUCAAUUAGUGAGUGCAUUGAAACAGAUCUGGUGCAACGACGACUAUCAGGCGUUACACAAGAAGGUCGAGAGCGUCGAAUACUGCCAUUGGAAGGAGCCGAAGCAUAUCGUCAAAAUUCUAUUGCAUUAUUUCCGUCACCAACCAAAUGAUAUUGAUUUGCUGUUCCAAUUGCUGCGGGCCACGUGUGCUCGUUUUGUGCCUGAUUUUCAGUUUCUUAGAGAUUUUCUAGAGAACACGGUAGCCCAGGAAUAUACAGUCGAGUGGAAACGAAGCGCUUUCUUUCGUUUUGUCGAACAUUUUCCUACAAACAAUAUGUCGCAAGAAUUGAAAGCCAACGUUAUGCAGUUGAUCAUUAUUCCGUGUUUUGCGGUUAGCUUUGAAAAAGGCGAAGGUACCAAACUGGUCGGUGCUACGCCCAUGCCUCAUGACGACAUCGCAAACCACGAUAACAUCGUGUCGGUAUUUAUCAACAAGAUCAUUGAUCCAGACAACCCGUUCGGCUCUGCCGAUUGCGUUCGCAUUUCUCUAUUGCAAUUCUCGUGCCUUCUAGUGGAACAAGCAUCGCAACAUAUUCACGAUGUCACAAAUAAGCGGCAAGGAUAUAAGAUGCGGCGCUUGAUGACAUUUGCUUGGCCCUGUUUGUUAGGAAAGAACUGCGUAGAUCCGACAACUAGAUAUCAUGGCCAUCUUCUUCUCAGUCACAUAAUAGCCAAAUUUGCUAUCCACAAGCGUAUAGUUUUGCAAGUGUUUCAUAGUUUAUUGAAAGCGCAUGCUGUCGACGCGCGCAACGUCGUACGACAGGCGCUAGAAAUAUUAACACCCGCGAUGCCUGUGCGGAUGGAGGAUGGUAAUAUCAUGCUAACACAUUGGACGAAGAAAAUUAUUGUGGAAGAAGGACAUUCUAUGCAACAAUUAUUCCAUAUUUUACAGUUAGUAGUAAGACAUUACAAAGUUUAUUAUCCAGUCAGACAUCACUUGGUUCAACAUAUAGUAAACUCUAUUCAACGUAUGGGAUUCAGUCCCACCGCUACGAUUGAACAUAGGCGAUUAGCUGUUGAACUUGCAGAGGUUAUUAUAAAAUGGGAGUUGUAUAGAAUCAAGGAGGAAGGUGAGACUGUGGAAUCAAACACUAACAAAGUGAUUGUGCAACCGUCGGCGUCGACCAAACGACCAACCACUGAAGACCCGUCAGCAAAACGCAUGAGCUCUCAAACAACACCGUCUAGUAGCAGUCCUGUACCUGUCAUUUUACCCAGAAAAGAACCGAGAUCCGCAAAACCUAUUGAGAGAGCUCAUGCUGACGCGGUUCUAAAUUUUCUACUUCGCUUGGCGUGUCAGGUAAAUGAUGUGACGACCAUCCACGGUAAUCCAGGCGAGCAACUGUCCAAACGCUGUGUUUCUCUAUUGAAAAUGGCUCUUAAACCUGACGUAUGGGUUGCCGAACAAUGUGAUCUCAAAUUAGCCUGGCUCGACAAGGUUCUCGCUAGCGUGGAUAGCGUGGAUACUCAGCCUAACUAUGGUAACAUUAGCACGGCACUGGAAGUACUGACAUUUUUAUUAGGCAUGAUGAAGCGCGAGCAAAUACUCGCGAGUUUUAAGCAAUUGCAACGCGGGAUAGGCGCUUGCAUCGCCAGCAGCAAUACUAAAAUUAUACGUCUGGUGCAUGGUUUGCUUUCGCGACUUAUGACGAUUUUUCCGGCUGAACCGACUUCCUCGAACGUAGCCUCUAAAUACGAGGAGUUGGACACACUGUAUUCGACUGUAGGCAGAUUUAUAGCAGAAGGAUUGGCUACUUAUGAGAAGACCACGACAGCCGUGCCCAGUUCGCUGUUUGGUACGCUCAUGAUGCUUAAAGCUGCCUGUACGAAUAAUCCUAAUUACAUUGACCGAUUAAUUACACCAUUUAUGAGAGUGUUGCACAGGAUGGCCAAGGAGCACUUACAUUCGGGGCAAAAUGAAACUAAUCCCGUGACGAGUGAAUUGCUGAUUCUCAGUCUCGAUUUGGUGAAAAAUCGUGUAGUAGUAAUGGGCGUUGAUAUGCGCAAAUCGUUCAUAGGCACAAUUCUGGUCGGUUUGAUUGAAAAGACGCAAGAUGCCAAGGUAAUGAAAGCCAUCACAAAGAUAUUGGAAGAAUGGAUGAAAAAUAAAACUACCAUCGCGAUCAAUCAAGCGCCCAGUUUACGUGAAAAAUCUAUAUUAUUGGUAAAAAUGAUGCAAUAUGUUGAGAAACGUUUUCCCGAAGAUGCAGAAUUGAAUAAGCAGUUUUUGGAGCUGGUUAAUUAUGUUUAUCGCGAUGAGAGUUUGAAGUUAACAGAAUUAACAUCAAAACUGGAACAGGCUUUUCUGGCCGGUCUGCGCUGCGGACAGCCGCAAGUAAGGGCAAAGUUCUUUGAAGUAUUUGAUGGAUCGAUGAAAAGACUUUUGCCCGAUCGUCUCUUAUACAUCAUUGUCAGCCAAAACUGGGAAAAUAUAGGACCCCACUAUUGGAUCAAGCAGUGUAUUGAGCUGCUACUAGCCACCGUCAAUCCGACGACUCAGGUACAAAUGACCAAUGAAGACCUCUUGCUGCCGAGUAUCACGUCCAUCAUGCACGGGGGCAUGGAAAAGGAUAAUAAAGAACAAACACUUUUUGUCUGCCAUCUCGAUCACGCUGGCGAAGAGUCGCAUGAUAUUGAAAUGAUCGAUAAAGACACAAAGGAAACAUUCCUUGAUAUGGACGCCUGGAUGUCUAAUCUGUCUACAUCAGAAUCCUCGAACGGCACUGCCGUCGAGGAGAUCACCGAAAAACUUGAUUUUUUAGAAAUCAUUACUAAACAGAUACGUUUUAUGGAGAAUGCGAAAAAGAUCAGAACAGAACGGUUGCUGCUGGCGACCGCACAGCUGUGCCACAUGGACACGAGUCUGGCGGAAUGCGUCUGGUUGGAUAUGUUUCCGCGAAUAUGGGGUAUCUUGGACGAGAUUUAUCUCAGAUCCGUGAUGGCGGAGGUGCCACCCUUUGUCGCCAGCGGGGCGCACGUCAUCCAAAAGGAUUGCCAUCCGAGCGCGCUUGGCACUUUCUUAGAGGCACUGGCGCACUGCGAUCCGCCGGUAGCAAUUGCGCCACCGGUAAUGAAAUAUCUGGGCAAGUCGCACAACGUCUGGCAUCGCAUAACGUUGAGUCUGGAACAGAUGGCCUCCGAGAUGGCAACAGAUAUUAAUUUAGUUGGUAAUCAAGCUGCAAAAAUUAAAUGUGAACCCGAUUUGUGUCGCGUAUCCGACGAGAUCGAACAGACAGAAUAUCUUGGUCCCUAUUACGAGGUAGUGGAUAUGCUUUCAGCAAUGUAUUCGUUGCUCUGCGAGGAGGAUAUGUGGUCGGGUCUCUGGCAGAAGAGACCUGCGCACUACAAGGAAACCCUACAUGCAAUUGCGCUGGAACAACAAGGAUUUUUCGAACAGGCUCAAGGCGCAUACGAGGUGUGCUUCAGCAAAUACCGGCAGGACUUCGCGACAGGCUCAGCGCCCUACCUUCUUAAUCAAGAAGUACUUCUCUGGGAGCGUCAUUGGGAGCGCACUGCAAAAGAAUUGAAUCAAUGGGAGAUUCUGUUGGAAUUGGGCAGCCAUAACAACUAUAAGAAUCCCUUCCUCGUUCUAGAGAGCGCAUGGCGUAUUCCCAAUUGGUCGGUGAUGAAGGACAUUCUCACACAAGUGGAGCAUAAUUGUCCGAGAGAAAUGGCCUGGAAGAUCAAUCUCUAUCGUGGAUUCUUAACAUUAUGCAAUAGCGAGGAGCAGCAUCUUAGUGCUGUGGAGCGUUACGUCGAACUCGCGUCGGGUCUGUGUAUGCGCGAAUGGCGUCGGCUCCCUCACAUUGUUAGUCACGUCCAUCAGCCACUGUUGCAGGCGGCUCAACAAAUAAUGGAACUUCAGGAAGCAAUGCAAAUCCAUCAAGGACUUUUACACGGCAGAAGUACUUCGCUGCAUGAUAUGAAAGCCAUCGUCAAAACAUGGCGCAACCGAUUGCCCGUGAUAGCUGAUGACCUCAGUCACUGGUCGGAUAUUUUCACAUGGCGACAACAUCAUUACACUUUUAUUUCCAAUCAUUACGAUUCUCAACAAGAUCAGACUACCAAUCACUCGUUACUCGGUGUGCAUGCUUCUAUGCAGGCUAUUAUUCACUUUGGCAAAAUUGCGAGAAAGCAAAAUCUCUGCGGCGUAUGUUUAGAUUCGUUGGCCAAGAUCUAUUCGAUUCCUACAAGUGUACCUAUGAUAGAUUGUUUCCAAAAGAUUAGACAACAGGUGAAAUGUUAUCUACAGAUGGCCACUAUGGGCGGACAGACCGAAUUGCAAGAGGGUUUGGAUAUGCUCGACUCGACGAAUAUGAGUUAUUUUACUAAGGAAAUGAUUGCAGAAUUUUAUGCGUGGAAAGGUUUAUUGCAGUCGCAACUCGGCCGCUCGGAUGAUGCCAACAAAAGCUUUUCCGCCGCGGUUCAAUUGCACGACACUUUGGUUAAAGCUUGGUCUUUAUGGGGUGAUUACCUUGAAAAUAUCUUUAUACGUGACGCGCGACAAAUAAACAUCGGCAUAAGUGCUCUGGUAUGUUACUUACAUGCCUGUCGUCAUCAAAAUGAAUCCAAAUCCAGGAAAUAUAUUGCUAAAAUUCUUUGGUUACUCACAUAUGAUGACGAUAAGUCGUCUCUAAUGGAGACCGUAGAUAAAUAUGCUGUUGGCGUGCCGGCGAUACAAUGGUUACCCUGGGUACCGCAACUGCUGAUGUAUUUGGUGCGCCACGAGAACAAUAUAAUUCUGAAUUUGCUGAGUCAAGUGGGUCGCAUGUUCCCGCAAGCGGUCUAUUUUUCUAUACGCACACUUUACUUGACGCUGAAGAUAGAACAGAGGGAGAGAUAUAAGAGCGGUGAAUUGGCAGCGGGGAAGAGCCAAGACGGCGUGGAAGAUCGUGGUCUUGCUGCAACGGGAAAUGUACCACCGCAGCAAGGAGGAGUACCGGAAACGAGUCAUACAGUACCUAUGGCCCGGGCCACUCCGCCCAUGUGGAGAUGCUCGAAGAUCAUGCAUUUGCAGAGAGACAUACAUCCAACUGUCUUAUCUAGCUUGGAGGGUAUAGUUGAUCAGAUGGUAUGGUUCCGUGAGACAUGGUAUGAAGAAGUUUUAAGACAAUUGAGGCAAGGACUUGCGAAAUGCUACGCCAUAGCAUUCGAGAACCGUGGAGCUGUUAGUGAAGCAACAAUAACUCCACAUACUCUCAACUUUGUAAAGAAACUUGUAUCGACUUUUGGUAUUGGAAUUGAAAACAUUUCGUCUUCGCAAAAUAUGAGCAACUCGUUUAGCUCGGCAGGAUCCGAAUCUUUGGCACGCAGAGCCCAAGCAACAGUGCAAGAUCCCGUUUUUCACAAGAUGAAGGGUCAGUUCACAAGCGAUUUUGAUUUUACUGUACCUGGGGCGAGGUUACUGCACAAUCUCAUCAACAAAUUAAAAAAGUGGAUAAAAAUUCUCGAGGAAAAAACAAAACAAUUGCCAAAAUCUUUCUUAAUCGAGGAGAAAUGCCGUUUCUUGAGUAAUUUUAGCUUGAAAACUGCAGAAGUUGAGUUGCCUGGUGAAUUUCUGAUACCUAGGCAUUCGCAUUAUUCCGUAAAAAUAGCCAGAUUUAUGCCACGCGUUGAGGUCGUUCAACGACACAAUACAGCCGCUAGGAGAUUACGCAUUCGCGGUCACAACGGUCGCCUUUAUCCUUAUCUGGUAGUAAACGAUGCCGGUCUAGGAGACGCCAGGCGCGAGGAACGCCUCUUACAACUGCUGCGAAUGUUGAAUCACUAUUUGACUAAACAGAAAGAAACGUCGCGAAGAUUCUUACACUUUACAGUACCACGUCUUGUCGCUGUUUCACCUCAAAUGAGACUCGUCGAGGACAAUCCAGCAGCCAUUUCUCUCUUGGAUAUUUACAAGCAAAGCUGUGCCAAGCUGGGAAUGGAACACGACGCACCUAUCGCUAGAUAUUACGAAAAAUUAGCCGCCGUACAAGCACGAGGCACGCAAGCCAGUCAUCAAGUACUACGAGAUAUUCUUAAGGAAGUGCAAUCCUCAAUGGUUGCGAAAACUAUGCUCAAGGAUUGGGCCAUAAAGACAUUUCCCGGCGCCACCGAUUACUGGACAUUCAGAAAAAUGUUUACGUUGCAAUUAUCUCUGACUUGCUUUGUCGAGUACGUGCUUCAUUUAACGCGACUUAAUCCCGACAUGAUGUACGUGCAUCAGGAUUCCGGUUUGAUCAAUAUCGCAUAUUUCAAAUUUGACAUUGAUGAUACUUCUGGAGAGUUAGACGCGAACAGACCAGUACCCUUCCGUCUGACGCCCAAUAUUCUCGAAUUUCUCACAACUACAGGAAUUUGCGGACCAUUGACCGCCAGCGCAAUUGCUACAGCGCGCUGUUUGGUUCAGCCCACGUUUCAACUGCAGGCGAUACUCCGCGCGAUUCUGCGAGACGAAGUGAUCGCGGAUCAUAAACAACAGGAAGACGCCGAAGGCACAUCACAAGCGCCGACUGAUCUGAAAGGCGAGCUCCUGAUAACGAUGGUGACCCGCGCGGUUACUGCGAUUGUUACAAGACUGAACUCUCUUGCAAAUUUUGAUGGUAUCGAUAGUAAAGUCAGCACCUUGGUUGCCGCCGCCAACAGUCACGAUAAUCUCUGCAGAAUGGAUCCCUCAUGGCACCCGUGGCUAUAAAAUCGAAUACGCGCAUUUGGUCUUACAAAAAAAUUCGUACUGCCAACGAAUGAAAAGAAAGGAUUAUUAUCAUAAAAUUUUUUUUAUAGUUUUCUAUCGCCUGAUAGAUAUAUUGUAUUUCACAAUACUGUCCUUCGCAUCUGGAUUGGAAAGUUAUUAGAAAAUGAGGGAAAAUAAAGAUAAAUAUUUGAAGAUACAAAAUAUUAUUUAUAAUUAAUAUUAAUAUAUGAUAUAUAAUAUUAUACAUUACUAUUAUCUAUACACAUUAUUGGAUGACAUGUACAGCAUGAUAAGACGAAACUGUAAAUUGCAUAUUUUAUAUACUUCAACAAUCAUCUCUUAGCGCGCAUGAGUGUAUAUUUAUUACAUUAUCCAUAGAUUCGUUUUCAAAAGGCAUAAUAUUUUAGAGUGUAUAUAAAAUUCUUAUUUAAUAUAAAAUUCUUUUUUCAAGUGUCUUUUUAGCAUAUUGUGCAUAAACUUUAUAUUUUGAAUAUAGUUUGAAUAGAUUUACAAUUAGUAAAAAAAUUAUCUUGAGAGAGAAAUGAAAAAUAAAUCUAAUGUGUCAAAUUUUUAUUCAUUAUAAAUAAUUUGAACAUUUGAAAUACAUAUGAUUAAAUGUAAAAAAGAUUUUUCAAGAAGAAUAAACGCGUUGUUUUUGAAUAUA